CAGUCGGGCUCCCAAACAAUGUAAUUAUGAUUCAUGGCAAUCCACGGAAUCCCAGACUGUGAAUCGGACCCUCCCGAUAAGCUGUCAGGAGGGUCUCCCCCAUCCGGCUUAUAAGAUGGUCUCCCUCCCUCCGACAGUUCACUUUGAUAGACCCAUAGCAUAAUACUUCUACUUCUUAUCAUCCAACACUAUACCCACUGAUAGAGUCUUCCUUCUUCACUUCACAUCAAGAGACCACUCACCAUGGCUCCCAGCGCAAUCUCCACUCCCUCCUCCCCUCAACCCCAACCCACCUCCGACAUCGCUAGCUACAAAGGCUACGACCACGUCCACUGGUACGUCGGCAACGCCAAACAAGCCGCCUCAUAUUAUGUCACCCGCAUGGGCUUCAAGCGCAUCGCCUACAGCGGCCUCGAAACCGGCAGCCGUACCACCUGCUCCCACGUCGUCCGCAACGGCGACAUCACCUUCAUCCUAACCUCUCCUCUCCGAUCCCUAGACCAAGCAGACCGCUUCACCCCCGAAGAGCAGAAGUCUCUCCGCGAAGUCCACGAGCACUUGGAACAACACGGCGACGGCGUCAAGGACGUCUCGUUCGAAGUCGACUCCGUCGACGCAGUAUAUCAAGCUGCCGUGGCCAACGGCGCCAAGGUGAUCUCGGCACCAUGUAACCUCGAAGACAAGGAUGGGUAUGUGCGUGUUGCCACGAUCCAGACAUACGGAGAGACGACGCACACCCUCCUGGAACGGAAGUCAUACAGGGGGGCGUUUUUGCCCGGUUAUCGAUAUGAGAGUGGAGAUGAGGAUCCCAUCACGGCUUUCUUGCCCGGUGUGCAUCUAAACCGGAUUGAUCAUUGUGUGGGGAACCAGGAUUGGGAUGAGAUGGAUAGGGUUUGUCAAUAUUACGAAAAAGCCCUCGGCUUCCACCGCUUCUGGUCCGUCGACGAUAAACAGAUCUGCACAGAAUACUCAGCCCUCAAAUCCAUCGUCAUGGCCUCACCCAACGAGAUCGUAAAAAUGCCCAUCAACGAGCCCGCGCACGGCAAAAAGAAAUCCCAGAUUGAAGAAUACGUCGACUUCUACAACGGCGCCGGCGUGCAACACAUAGCCCUCCUAACCGACAACAUCAUCCGGGACAUCACGAACCUGAAGGCCCGAGGUGUCGAGUUUAUCAAAGUCCCUGACACGUAUUACGAGGAUGUGAAGAUUCGUCUCAAGAAGACGGGGUUGGUUCUGCAGGAGGACUUUGAGACGAUUCGGAGUUUGGAUAUCUUGAUUGAUUUUGAUGAGGGGGGGUAUUUGUUGCAGUUGUUUACUAAGCAUCUGAUGGAUCGCCCAACGGUGUUUAUUGAGAUUAUUCAGAGACAUAAUUUCGAGGGCUUUGGGGCUGGGAACUUCCGGUCGUUGUUUGAGGCGUUGGAGAGGGAGCAGGCGCUGAGGGGGAAUCUGGUUUAG